CAAUGUCAUCACCUCCGCCUGCCCUCCUCGACGCUAUGAGAAGCCUUCUCACCCAUGGUGAAUUUUCAGACAUGGAGAUUCAUUGUGGAGGCACCACCUUCAAGACUCAUCGAGCCGUGGUCUGCAUGCAGUCUCACUUCUUCCACAGCGCCCUGAGUGACGGGUUCAAGGAAACCGUAAGCCAGGCCGUCUCAUUGCCAGAGGAUGACCCGGAGACGAUCAAACGCGUGCUGCACUUUCUCUACCUCCAGGACUAUGAUGAGUUGGAAGAUACUGUUCCAUCGGGGCAGGCUACAGAAGACAUUUCCAAGCCCAAAUGCGACAACCACACACAGAUCAAGGCUGCGGCCGACAUGACCAUCCAGGUGUACAUUGCGGCAGACAAGUUUGGUAUCCUUCCACUCAAGACUCUGGCUGCCGACAAGUUUUCGGAAUGGGCGGCUUCAAAUUGGCAGUCGCCGGUGUUUGCGGAAGUCGUGGCAGAUGUGAUGACGUUGAUACCGCCGCAUGAUACGGGCCUGCGGGAUAUCGUUGCCAGGACCAUUGCUGAAAACACGUAUCAGCUAAUGCGGCAAGAUGAGAUACUCCGGCUUCUUGAGAGAUUCGGAGGCCUGGGAAUGUCGGUUUUGGCCACCCUGGCGAGCAGGGGGAUGGUUAAACUGGCCAAUGAAAUGGAGUUGGGCGUUUUAUCAAGCAUGGCUGAGAAGUUGACUAACAGCCCUGAGUGUUGGCUAUGCCAAACAAAAUUCAAUGUCCUGAUGAAGAGUGGUGAAUAUGAAAUGGGGACAUUCCGCUGCCUUCAUUGUAAAGAACAACAGUGAUGUCGAAUUAAAAGAGUUUAUCUAUAUUAUUAUAU